AUGUGUGGACUCGGCUUCUUGAACUGCUUUGAGGGAGAAAAGACACCACAGCCAGAAUCCGAACAUAAUGGCAGAUCUCACUUUGUUCUCCGAAGAGCUACAAAGACAUUUGCUGCCGAUGGAGUCGGCGAACAUUUCCCGCAGGUGUUGGACAGGAUGACCCAAGCGGCUGUCAAGAUUCUGGAAGAUGCUAUCCAAAACGGUAACAAGGAUGUUAUACGGCUGAUCGCCAACACUUGGGUUGAGGCAUUGAACAAUCUAGUUCUGCGUCCUGGAUAUGGCGAAAACAUGUUGAAAACGGUCGUUCAAAGACGUGCAAACGAACUCAAAGGGUACCUGUCAGACGACACCCUAAGCACUGAAGAGAAAUGGGAAAAGGCAAAGGCACUCGCUCUUGUUGGGAUUGAACUGCUUGUCGUAGCUGUUGGGCGCGGUGACAAGUUCAAACGCCUGUCAUUUGUGAACUCCAAGCUCUGGGUCCAGGCUGUCAUUGACGUGGACAGUCUUGGGAAAGACGGUACAUCAGCGACACAGCAGUUGAUCGGCGUUUUCGCAAAACGAUUCCUAUCCGCCGUGGACACGAAAGAUGUAGCAGAAGCCGAAGUUUGUGGCCAAGGUGGUAUUGAGCUUUUGAGAGCUGCCGCGUUGAGUCGCAACAAGUCAGUGUUGAACAAGUUCAGCAGCGAGUGGAUUCGAUGUUGGGGCUUAGCUCUGAGAGACAUGAAGUAUGUGUCGAAACAGAUGGUCCAGCAGAGAGUUGGCGAGUAUUGUGAAUGCUUCAUGUCAAACAAGAAUGAUGGAGCUUCCGGUCUUGCUUUUGCGGCAUUCGAACUCCUCCGUACGGCUAUCGAGCAACAAGAGAGUCGGGCGGCAUCUGUCCUCUGCACAUCAAUUCAGCAGGGGCUUCAAUGGACCCGGACCAACAUCACCACCCAUUCUUAUGAGGACCACGACAUGCAGAGCAUCUUCGAUGUUUUUGUCAAUUUGUUCGCGAUCGCCGACCGAGGACCGACUGUUAAACUGGAAGCUUUGGUCUUGGAGGUGCUUGAUCUUGCAGCUGUCGCUUUCAAGGAUCCUUAUCAAGUGAUCAAGAGUGCUGUCACGAAGCGAGUUGGCCACGUGGAAGAGAUUGAAGAUAUACGCAAGAGGAAAGGCCAAUUGGCGCAAUUGAACAAGGCAUUGAGAUACUGUUUGCAAGUUGCGUCAGACACGGCAGAGAGGGGACAAAAACAUGCAGUUGGGUUGUCAAGUAUAAUAAAAGAAGCAGGGCUGGAGGAGUAUGCUUAA